GGGUGGUGCUCAGGGGCCUCACCUGGCCCACUGCCUCCCCGAGGACAUAUUCCUCCAGAACUUGGACAAGGGUGACCCCUCCCAUGUGGCCCUUGCACCACAGAGGACCAAGGGCAGUUCCUCCACCUUGCCCCUCCCCGCAGAUUUGCCAACAGGAUCUUCGGCCCCAUCUGGAACCGGGACAACAUCGCCUGCGUGAUCCUCACCUUCAAGGAGCCCUUUGGCACUGAGGGUCGUGGGGGCUAUUUCGAUGAAUUUGGGAUCAUCCGGGACGUGAUGCAGAACCACCUCCUGCAGAUGCUGUGUCUGGUGGCCAUGGAGAAGCCCGCUUCCACCAACUCGGAUGACGUCCGUGAUGAGAAGGUCAAGGUGUUGAAAUGUAUCUCAGAGGUGCAGGCCAACAAUGUGGUCCUGGGCCAGUACGUGGGGAACCCUGAUGGAGAGGGCGAAGCCACCAAAGGGUACCUGGACGACCCCACGGUGCCCCACGGGUCCACUACCGCCACUUUUGCAGCUGUCGUCCUCUAUGUGGAGAAUGAAAGGUGGGAUGGAGUGCCCUUCAUCCUGCGCUGUGGCAAGGCCCUGAACGAGCGCAAGGCUGAGGUGAGGCUGCAGUUCCAUGAUGUGGCCGGCGACAUCUUCCACCAGCAGUGCAAACGCAACGAGCUGGUGAUCCGCGUGCAGCCCAACGAGGCCGUGUACACCAAGAUGAUGACCAAGAAGCCGGGCAUGUUUUUCAACCCCGAGGAGUCGGAGCUGGACCUGACCUAUGGCAACAGAUACAAGAACGUGAAGCUCCCUGACGCCUACGAGCGCCUCAUCCUGGACGUCUUCUGCGGGAGCCAGAUGCACUUUGUGCGCAGCGACGAGCUCCGGGAGGCCUGGCGUAUUUUCACCCCACUGCUACACCAGAUCGAGCUGGAGAAGCCCAAGCCCAUCCCCUACCUUUAUGGCAGCCGAGGCCCCAUGGAGGCAGAUGAGCUGAUGAAGAGAGUGGGUUUCCAGUAUGAGGGCACCUACAAGUGGGUGAACCCACACAAGCUCUGAGCCCUGGGCACCCACCUCCACCCUCGCCGUGGCCACCCUCCUUCCCGCCGCCCAACCCUGAGUCGGGAGGACUCUGGGACCAUUGGCCUCAGCUGCACAUUCCUGGCCCUGGGCUCCGGCCACCCUGGCCCGCCCCUCGCUGCUGCCACUACCCGAGCCCAGCUACAUUCCUCAGCUGCCAAGCACUCGAGACCAUCCUGGCUCCUCCAGACCCUGCCUGAGCCCAGGAGCUGAACCACCUCCUCCGCUCACUCCAGCCCAACAGAAGGAAGGAGGAGGGUGCCCAUUCGUCUGUCCCAGAGCUGCUCGGUCACUGGGGCUCACUCCUGAGUGGGGCCUGGGGCAGGAGGGAGGGACGAGGGGGAGGAAAGGGGCGAGCGCCCACGUGAGAGAACCUGCCUGUGGCCUUGCCUGCCAGCCUCAGUGCCACUUGACAUUCCUCGUCACCAGCAACAUCUCGAGCCCCCUGGCUGUCCCCUGUCCCACCAACUCUGCACUCCGUGGCCACCCUGUGCCACCCAUAGGCAGCCUCCCUGUUACAAGAAAAGCAGAAGCAGCAGCUGGGACUCCUCCCAACCUCAAUCCCCUGCCAUUAAAUCCGCAAACAGCC